AGAAAGAAGCCAAUCAGUCGCUUACACAGGCAAUCUCUUUCUCUCUCACACUGCAUGCUCACUCCUUGCACGUUCCUCUGCCCCCUCUUCCCAUCAAUAUAUCACUCCGCUUUCCUCUCUCCCUUUCCCUCCUCUCUCUCUCUCUCUCUCUCCUGGUCUCUUCUCUGGAGCUCGCUCUCUCUUCUCUUUUAACGGAAAGAGGGCUGAGAGAGUUAGUUGUUUUUGUUUGAAAACGAGAAGAGGAAAUGGAUAUGUACGGGCUUUCGGCUCCGGAACUGUUUCGUAUUGAUGAUCUUUUGGAUUUGUCUAACGAAGAGCUUUUCUCCUCUGCUUCCAGUUCCACCGCUUCCACCAACAACGACCAAUUCCCUCCUUCUGAAGCACCUUUCAGCUACGCUUCUGCUUCCUCCUCCUCCUCCUCCGCCGCCUUUCAUCCCUCUUUCUCCGCCGACUUCACCCACGACCUUUGCCUUCCCAGUGAUGACGUGGCUGAGCUGGAGUGGCUGUCGCAGUUCGUAGAGGAUUCCUUCACCGACUUCCCAUCGAACUCGAUCGCCGGGACCCUAAACCCUAGAAAUGACUCAUCGUUUUCGAGCAAAGCUAGGAGCAAGCGUUCGAGAGCGGCAACUGCAAUGAAGACAACGACGACCUGGACGACGAUGUCGGAAGCGGCAGCUCCUUUUACGGGAAAUUCGAAGACGAAAAAGGAAAUCCAACGUCAAGCAUCGCCAGCGGUGGACGGAGGGGUGAGACGAUGCACGCACUGCGCCUCGGAGAAGACGCCGCAGUGGCGGACGGGGCCGUUAGGACCCAAGACACUGUGCAAUGCGUGCGGGGUUCGGUAUAAAUCGGGUCGGCUUGUUCCCGAGUACCGACCCGCAGCCAGUCCGACAUUCGUGCUGACUCAGCACUCGAACUCGCAUCGGAAGGUGUUGGAGCUGCGUAGACAGAAGGAGAUGUUGAGACAACAACAACAGCAGCAGCAGCAUCAACAACAAGAGCAACCCUACCGUCAACACCACCACCACCACCGCCUCCAACAGCAUGACUUCGAGGUGUGCUGACGUGUUGACAAAAUCUCAGUUGUUGUUACUGUAAUCACGUUCAAUCGGACAGUACUCUCUUUUGGGGCCCGUCGGCCAUGUUCAUCAAACGCUUCGAUUUUCUUUUUCCUU